AUGAAGUCCCCUCCUCAGGGGGCCCCAAGGGGGCCCCCUGAGGAGGGGUCCCCCCCCUGGGGCCCCUCUAGCACAGUUCCUGAUGAAGGCUCCUCCGCAGGGGGCCCCCCUUGGAGCCUCUCCUCAUGGGCCCCCCUCUUUGGGGCCCCUCCUGAGGGUCUUGUCAUGGGUUUCCGGUUGGGGCCCCUGUUGAAGGUCUCCUUCCUCAGGGCCCCUCCCGCCUCGCUUCUUGAGAUCCCAGAGGGGGGGGCCCCUGCGGGGGCCCCUGUAAGGGCCCCUGUGGGGAGCCCUGUUGAUUUGCUUGCGUAUGAUAGUUGCUGGUGUUGA